AUGUCCGACUGGUGGCGCCACAUCACCACGAAUCUGCUCGUAUCAAGGGAAUACUUCGCAGAAGCCAGAGAAGUACUCCUUCGGACCGCAACAGCGACUAUCAGGUCAUGUUAUUGCGCUGCAGCCAUCUACUCGCCUUACACUACGACAGAUUUUCGACAGCUGAGAUUUCUGGCAAUCCCGACAUCCUUUUAUACUAAGAGCUCUGAUAGUGUUGCAGAACUUUUGGGCCACAUGCCAAGUCUGCUAUGUGUCACGAUCAACCUUUUCAAAUAUCUCGAAAUCGGUAAACCUUUCGAGACUUCUAUCGCUCCCGCCGGAGAUCAUGGCGACACUGCGCGUACAACACGUGUGACCGAGGACGCGAGAAAGCAGUUUACCACGAUGUACCAGCAAUAUCUUCUCAAGCAAUUCCGCGGUUUGCCCACCCCAGGCCAAUCUCCUCUAGAAGUAGCUGGUGUUCUAAGGGCCGAGAUGCAGCGGCAUCAAGCUUUCAAGAUUCUUCUCAAGACAAAGAUUACUCGAUUCUGUCAGGAGACUCGGUCUCAGGAAUUCACUCUGUCCGCGGACGAGUCACUCUUCGGAUGGUGGACCUCCACGCCCGACCCUGCGGCGUCGCGUUGCACUGGCGAAGCUAAUGAAGAGCAGGAAGCGACUCUGGACCUGUCGAGCCUGAUCGCGACCUUGGUCGAGUUUCAGGAUACUUUGACUGAGAGCGGACUGGUCCGCGAAGCGGAAUUCAAGGUGGCGCAGUCGACGCUCGAGAUGGUAGUCAAGGACACCAUUCGUGGUGUAGCAAAGACCUGA